AAAUGUUGUGGCGUCCUUUCAAAAAUUUCUAAUGAUACAACGAGGCUUAGUCAUCGGUUACUGCGCUUUCGAGUGUCCUUCAAUUUACGUGGUGCAGCGUGUGAGUAAAACUUGUUUUGUGGGGUGAGGCUAACGAGUUAGUUCUCCCCCCACUGUAUUCUAAGUCUUAGUUGACAUUAGCUAUUAAUCGAUCCCCUUUAAGGGCUGCGUUACCGUGCAAUAUUUAUCAGCCCAGGGAAAGCAUUGCAGAUGGCGCAUUUCGGGCUAGAAAACGACAUCGGCGACACGCUGAAGGUGGAUGUCCCCGUCACCAAUGGCCCGAUUGCCCGCUGGCAGAGGAAAGCCAGCUUGUCCAACGCAUUGUCGAGCGGUUUGUCCCCAGUGAAGUAUGCCAACACCUCCGUGAACACCACAAAGACGCCUGGUCGGACGCCAGGUAUUCCUCAUGUUACGGCGGAGUUCCUUUCCUGUGGUGCAGAUGUAACCCGAAUUGGCAGACGUAAAGCCACUCCAUCAAAGAUGAUGGGAGAGGACCGCUUCAUUCCCGUCCGUAAUGAAAAACAAAUGGAAGUGGCAAGUUUCCUGCUCUCGAAGGAGUUUCGACCCAAGGAAGAUGGCGUUUCAACAGCUUCAACGGAACAACAAAAGAUGUGGUCCAUGAUGCUGAAUGGAUGCAAUGUGGAAGAGGCCCGCAUCCUGCAAUUCAGCGGAAAGCCAACAGUCAACCCGGACGGCCAGCACAACUCCUUGAAGUCCGUCUACAGUCACACUGUAACGCCCAUGUCCAACAAAAAGACGCGGUACAUAGCUUCAACCUCCGAGAAAAUCUUAGACGCGCCCGACGUUCGGGAUGAUUUUUAUCUGAAUCUGCUGGACUGGAACAGCAGCAACAUUAUGGCGGUGGGUCUCAGUGACUGUGUCUACCUGUGGGACGCCACUCAGGGGAAUAUCACUCACCUCUUGACCUUGGACAAUGAGGCCGACUACAUCACCUCCCUGUCGUGGGCCAAGGAGGGCAGCUACCUGGCAGUUGGCACCAGCGACUGUGCAGUCCAAGUGUGGGACGUGUCGCAAGAGAAAUGUCUUCGAAGCAUGAACAGCCACUCUGCACGAGUGUGCAGCCUGAGUUGGAACGGCCACAUCUUGUCCAGCGGCAGCCACUCGGGUCAGAUUCACCACCAUGACGUGAGGGUGGCGGAGCACCACAUCUUCACACUGCGGGGCCACUCCCAGGAGGUAUGCGGCCUGCAGUGGUCGCCAGACGGCCGCUACCUGGCCAGCGGCGGCAACGACAACCUGGUGUGCAUCUGGCCCCACGUGGGCCAGGGCCGCACCAACGUAACCCAGCCGCUGCGCACGCUCAGUCUCCACAAGGGGGCGGUCAAGGCUUUAGCUUGGUGUCCAUGGCAAUCCAGCAUCCUGGCCUCAGGCGGCGGCACCUCAGACUGUCACAUCCGUGUGUGGAACGUUAACAGCGGCUCUUGCCUCAGCUCACUCGACACUCAAUCCCAGGUGUCUGCACUUGUGUUUGUUCCCAACUACAAGGAGCUAGUCUCUGCACACGGUUUCACCCGCCAUAAUUUGGUCAUCUGGAAGUACCCGUCCAUGGCGAAAGUCACAGAGCUCAACGGGCACAGCGAGCGAGUCCUCAACAUGGCCAUUAGUCCAGAUGGCUCCGUGGUGGCCAGCCUGGCGGCGGACGAGACCAUUCGCCUGUGGAAGAGCUUUGAGGUGGACCCCAAGCAAAAAGCCAAAGACAAGACACCUCUUUCCCUGAAUUCCGCCUUCACUCGAGCCAUCAGAUAAUUCGAUUAGACUUCUGCAAGGCACUCCUGUUAUAAUCUAUUUUUAGUUUGUGCAUUGCCUACAUUGUACACAGCAUAUGUUUCAAUCUUCUUCUCAAUCUUUGAGACUGUUUUGCAUAAUUGUUAUACAGUGCAACGUUUUAAUAAAUGAGUUUUGCAUC